AUGAAAAGUAUAGGGAAAUCAGGAGAAAAGUUGGACCUGAUACAGCUACUUGAAUGUCGAAGUGGCAAAGCUCAGCAAGGAAGAGAUGACAGGUUCGCAGACAAGAUUCAAAGGUUUGCUCCUGAAGUUGACUUCUGCUACAUAGAGGAGAUAGAUGGUGCAUCAAAGAACUACUGCGACGAAUCAAACACUCAAUACCCCUGUAAUCCAGACAAGAAAUACUUCGGCCGUGGUCCAAUUCAACUAACAUGGAAUUACAACUACGGUCCAGCUGGACAGGACAACAACUUUGAUGGGUUAGGCUCUCCUGAAACUGUACCCAAUGAUCCUGUUGUAUCUUUUAAGACAGCUCUCUGGUUCUGGAUGAAGAAUGCCCACCCAGCAGUAAACCAAGGUUUUGGAGCAACCAUUAGAGCCAUUAAUGGUGCAAUAGAAUGUAAUGGUGGAAAUCCUGGUGCUGUUCAAGCUCGUAUUGGGUAUUAGACUGAUUAUUGCAACAAGAUUGGUGUUUCACCAGGAGAUAACCUUAGUUGUUAAUCAAAUUAUUGAUCAACUUGAUUAUAGGACAAUCUGAAUAAGUCUGCUCUUGUAAUUUCCUCGCUGGAGUAGCUUAAAUAAUCUGACUACUUGUCAGAGUUGUUGUAUUACAACCUAAGGAAAAUAACAAGAAAUCGUAGAAGACUUCUAUUCAUGUAUUGACAUAUAUACUUUACAAACUUAAUAGAUAAAUUUUUUUUUUUGG